AUGACCGCUACGUUAGCCGCCGUGCAGGAGUGGUCAGCAGUCGAUGUGCAGGCCAGCGAGUACGUAUCGGAGAAUUUCCCGUCUGGACUGCUUGAUUGGGUUCUAGACGACCCGGAAAAGCAUGCUGGGAAAUGCCCCGAUUUGACUAUCGAAGGGGUCAACGGCACAGGUUUGUCCAUAUUCCUUGCUCAUUGGAUCAACAUCAUCACUAUCGGCGUCAUCCACACCCUCAAAACUAUUGAUCUAACUAUCAAACCAACAGGUGACAACGCCAACUUCAAAUCAAACCCCUCUCUGGAGGUUCCAUCGGCCGACUCUAUCCCAGCUGAAGAUCUAACGCAAAACGAGAGCAAGAUCGGGACCCCGGCUCAAGACCCCGAAUCGGUCUUGCCCGUCGAUGAAGCAAAGGAAAGGGCUUCGGGAUCGACCGAGAAAGGGGAAAUUCAAGAAAGGGCUAUCCAAGAUGACAACACAACACCCAACGCAAAGGACUCACUUUCGUCUUGGAGCGUAAGCGCCAUCGCUGAGGGUCAUGCUGCAGCACUUCCCAAAGAGGUUUCGGUAGGCCAGGAUGAGGAAGACAAAAUCUCGUGCAAAAUGGACUCUUCCCCCAAAGUCGAGCCGCCUUUUGCUAGGCCACCUUGGACGCCAGUGCACUCCUGGCUUAUGGAGACAGUGGAAAUAGCAAUGCCACACGAAAUCACAAAGGCGGCCACUUCUGUCGACUGCCUGGCGAUUGACCCCGAAACCGGAGCUUUUAUUCCCGAAAUCGAGCAGCCUGAGUGUAAAUUGAAUCAUGAUUUUGAUCUGCGAUCUGAACCUGCUUGGAGACGAAGCAACAUGACUUCGGGCAUGCAGAUCAGCAGGGAGCUCCGCGCCAGAGCGAGACUCGGCCAGCGCCUCAAGGAAAUGCAGCCAGUUCCUCCUGUACCGGAAGAAGCAGAAAGCUCUUUUCCGAGGGCACAUUGUACGAUUCGACCCGCAACAGACGAUGACAUUGGCGGAAUAUUGGACAUUGCCAAGUUGGAACGAGAAAACAACGGGCUGGAUGAGAACAGUGGCAAGUUAUCUGUUGGCAUCAGAAGUGAGGACAUUGCGGAGCACCUCCAGAAAUGCCAGGAAGAACAGUGGCCAUUCAUCGUCGCAACCAGCGAAGACGAGCUUCUGGACCAGUCGAAAUGGCCUGCUGGGUCUGAUACCGCCUACAAAGCCUACGUAGCGUAUCGCGGAUCCAUAGAGCCCAAGGCAGUCAUUGUCGGCUUUGCUUUCGCUUUGCGGCGCAAGUCCUCGGGCCUCGACGUCUACCAUGACCGCGUCGACCAAUCCUGCUACAUAACCUUGUUCGUCCACCCAGGCCACAGGAACAAGAAGUAUGGAUCGGCACUAUUAGACAGGAUUCUUAUGUCUGUCUCCCCCAUUCAUCGCAGCUUGAUCGACUUUAGGUGGAAGUGUGAUGAUCCAGCCGAAGUCUACGAGCCGCUGGCCUCGAAGAAUGCGCAACAGUACGCGCGCGCUUUUGUUGAGUAUGAGGCACGUAUGGAAGGCCAGGCGUCGCCCGCAAAGAAGCUGCUGGAGAAGUUCGGGUUCUCGCAGGUGGGCCACUUGAGCUGUGUGAGAAAUCAGAAUGGUGAGGGCAAAAAGCUGUGGUGGGAUCGCUUUACUUGGGAGUUUGCGGCGCAGUCGCUUGAGAAUGUGCGGGGAUAA